AGCUUAGUCACUCGCCAGCUACGAGACGCGUGUCUCUCCUUCUCGUUCGCUACUACAUCCGUUGCUCCGUUUGCACUUUGCUCGACCAGGCACUAUACAGAGUGUGUGCAGCGUAAGGGGAAAGAAAAACGAGUAGGAAGAGAGCUUACGCGAAACUACCGCCACCGCUCUCGAAGAGCAGUAAAUGUCUCUUCGAGGAGCUUAAGCCGGCAUAUCUUUCUCUCUCUCUCUCUCUCUCUCUCUCUCCCCUCUCUCUCUCCCUCUCUCUCUCUCUCUCUCUCUCUCUCUCUCUCUCUAUCUAUCUAUCUAUCUAUCUAUCUAUCUAUCCAUUUAUCUAUCUAUCUAUCUAUCUAUCUAUCUAUCUGUAUUUCUCUGGCGCGCGCGCCAGUCAACCAACCCACUCUUUCUCUUGCUUUUUCUCUUUCUUUCUCGUCCCCUCUCCGAUAUCCACUCUGAUCUUCUCGAUCACUCUCCCAUCCCUUCUUCUAAUCUCAUCCUAUUUUUCCUAACGCUAAAGGAAGGAAACUUAUCGAGGAGGAAGGACCUGUUUGCGGCCAGAUGGUUAAUACGAAAUUGUGACUUGUUAGAGAUAAAUGAGUCUCAAGUGUACGCAGUUCGUGUGGAUAUUCAACGUCCUCGUCGUUAUUAUUUUUUGUCGAGUACAUUGCGCAGUAUCGCUGAACCGUUGUUGAGCCCUCGCUGACGUUCAUCUAACCUCGACGUGUACUCACGUGCGCGAGCAGUGACGUUUCGUUAAUCCAGAAUUGUGACGGCGGGUUUACGUGUGUAUGCGUGUGCCUGUACGUACGUGCGUGCGUGUGCGUAUGCUUGUAUGUGUGUGCGUGCGUGCGUGUGUGUGUACAUACAUACGUACGUAAUAAAGAGAGAGAGAGAGAGAGAGAGAGAGAGAGAGAGAGCGAGAGAGAGCGAGAGAGAGCGAGAGAGAGCGAGAGAGAGCGAGAGCGAGAGCGAGUGAGAGAACAGGAGAGGAGGCUUUUUCCCUCCGUAAGAUAAAUAUUUGAACCACGGUUACGUCUUUCGACGUACAACACUGAACGAUGAAUUCGAAAAAAAGAAUCUUUAUCGAGUGAAUGCCGAUAAAAAGUCAUUGGAACGUACGUUAGUUAAGGGACCGAACGACGUUGGGUCACAUUGAUGAUAUCGUGAGACGGUACGUCACAUCACACGACAGCCACGGCACAAGGAGGAGAAGCGGAAGAAGGUGGUGGCGAGAAGGAGGAGGAGGAAGAAGAGGAGGAAGAGGAAAAAGAGAAGCAGAUCGCUCUUUGGGACGAUCGGGGAUGCUUUAACAACAAAAGCUGCAUCGUAUUGCUGAAGGAUUUGAUAAACCUGCGAAAAAAUAGUUUAAUCGAGAUACGAACGCGAAGCGUAAUAUUUCCAAGCCUUGGACAGACAUCAUGAAGAUGUCGGAUAAGAGCGAAGAAGAAGGAAGAAGAAGAGGGAGGAAAGAGGAGGAGAGCGAGCGCACGCGCAUUUAAAGAAGAAAGAGAGAGUGGGAGGGAGGAGGGUCACUGACACGUCGCUGAAGCGUUUUAUCAGUCGAGUGCACAGCCCACAUAGUUAGGCUGCGUUCACACGUGCUCGUGGACAUCGUACCGUCUGCCCCCCUUUACUGCGCCUAGAUAUUCGACUGUCGUUCGUGAACGGACGUAUGCCAGCGUGCACGGCACGCGGAAAGAGAAAAACGCGAAGAAGACGGGACGAGGAAAACAGUAGUCAGAAAUCUGAGGCGUGUUAUGAAAUUGUUGCCAACGAUUCAAUUGCCACAAUUACCGCCGGUUUCCGCCGCGAGCGGAUUAACCGGGAUGGAUUCUCGACUACCACCGGGUAUAUCGUUGCCCUUUAGCCCUACGGAUUUGCUUUGGCGAUACGGACCCAGUAUGAAUUUUCCGCCAACGACACAUCCACCACCGAGUCCGUUGCUUGAUUUCAAGACCCAUCUGCCUGCAAGCUUAGCCUCCGAUCCACGACUUUGGUCAAGAGAGGACGUCGCCGCGUUUCUACGGUGGGCCGAAAGGGAGUUUGAUUUGCCCCAAUUCGACAUGGAUAUGUUCCAGAUGAACGGAAAGGCGCUUUGCCUCCUAACGAAAGCCGAUCUUGGCGAAAGGUGCCCUGGGGCGGGUGACGUCUUGCACAAUGUCUUGGCGAUGCUUGCGCGCGAUUUCAAUCAGUUACAGAGGUGCCUUCCCAGUAGUCCUGUAACACCUACCAGACCAUCAGCUUAUCCGCUCAGUCCUCAUUCGCACCCGCCAACGCCUACGUGGACUGAAAAUCCAUAUGCCGCAAAUCUGGCCUCACUGAUGUCCGCCAAUUCCGUUACUCUGUCUCCGGCACCGUCUGUCGAUAGCCAGGCUGGUUCACCUGGACACGCGGAUGGCAACCAGACACAGAUUUAUAAAAGCGAUUCGGACGAGGACAAUCAUCAAGUAGGAGGAAGUAACAGUCCUCCGGCGACACCUACGGCACUCGCUGCGCAAAGACUUAGCGAAGUUUGCGUUAAGGAUCAACCGAGUCCGACGCUGCCUUCCCAAAUGAUGCCACUUACUUCGGGUGCAUAUAGGCAGGCCGCCGCGAAUACCGCGAGAGAAUUCUUUCCUAGCGACUCAUCCGAACCUAAUACCAAUGGGAGGCUUUUAUGGGAUUUUCUUCAACAGUUACUCAACGAUCCAUCUCAACGAUAUACACAUUAUAUAGCGUGGAAGAGUCGAGAGACUGGUGUUUUUAAGAUUGUUGACCCUCCUGGUUUAGCACGGUUAUGGGGUAUACAGAAAAAUCAUUUGUCUAUGAAUUAUGACAAGAUGAGCAGAGCUUUACGUUAUUACUAUCGCGUAAACAUACUUAGGAAAGUCCAGGGAGAGCGGCAUUGUUAUCAGUUUCUCCGAAAUCCAACCGAGUUGAAGAACAUAAAGAAUAUAUCUUUGUUGCGACAACAAAUGCGAAUAAAAUCGGAACCCGAGGAGGAGGGAAGCAUGACCGGAAGCGGUCUGGACACGGAAGCGGACAUGCCGACGGAUCUCUCGAUGUCCACUAUGAAUCAACCGUCGAGUGAGCAGCCUCUACCGCUACACGAUCCACCUACCAAGUACAGAAGUCACGCGUAUAAUCUCGUUAAGGCCAGUCAGGAACCGGAAGAGAGGAAGUGACGAGGGUCCUAGCGUUGAUAUCGCGCGACAGCGCACGAUUACAUACGAUAGUACGCUAUCAUUGGACGUUGGCGCUAAUGCGAAUAUGUUGCGGGCUCUCGUUUUAAAACUGGAUGCCUCCGAACGGUACGCGAAAAGACAACGAAAGGCCGUCCAGUAUCUAUACCGACGUCGUUGGAUACGAUUGAGGACGCAUUUCCGAGGGUAGCUGUGAUGAAAGUCUUUAGAAGAAGUGGAUAUCGCCAUUUGGUUACCAAUUCUAGAAUCGAUUGAAAUCGACUAGAAUCGCCUAGAAUCAAGAAUAUAAGGAAUAUAAGAUAUCGAGAAGAUAUUUCUAUCGGUGGCAAACGCGAUAUGCCAAAGGAUGCCUCUCGAAUUUCGUCCAUACAUCGGUCAAAAAUCUGUUGCUGAUUAUAAUAGUACAAGAUUCCUCCCUUUUAUCUAAGGACUUUUGGGAGAACGAUCCUAACAGAAAGCCAAGAUUUAAUGAGAGCCUUUAUAAUCGGGCCAUAAUGGUGGGUAAGGUUUUAGCGGUCUGUGAUUAUGAACCAUUUCUCUUGAGGAAUAUGGGACUCAUAAGAAUGAGUAAAUAUCGUGGGAUUUAUCAUUGUCCAUUAUGAAUUAAUGCCUCUUACUCAAGUGCAAUCAGAUGAUAGCUAUCGGUUACCGAGCAACACACAGUUAUUAAAGGACGUUAAACUUAUUUAGAUGGAUUUCAAUAAGCGUGCAAAAUAUUUUAACAAAAAUUACGUGUAAUACGUAGGAUAUCGUAGGAUGUCGUGGUUUUUUAAGGAGAUAUUUACGAAAUAUAAUAUUUUAUUAAAUUCGGAUAUUAUAUAAUGCAUAAUAUUCAAUAAGACAACGUAAGCUGAAAAAUGGGAAAAUUGGUCGAAGGUAUACUUGCCAGGAGAUCUCUGUGCGAUCUUUGUUAAAGUUACUCCCUUGUGGAAUCAAGAUAUCACCAUCUCCAUGCUAUUCUCCCAACAUAUCGACUCUAGUAAAAAGCGAAAGAUCUGGAUUGCCUAUUAUUGUACGCUUCGUAAUACAUGAUGAUUCGUUAUAACCGUCGUGGAAAAAUACUUUAGUUUAAGCGGUGAAUCGUCGUGUCGAAUCGGUGGACGCUUCAGUGAAGCUUAAAGGUUUGCGGAUAUUCCGCUAAUGUUUCUCCAUAUCUUCUUUCAUGAAACCCUCUUUUUAAUGCGAAACGUUUUAGUUUUACUUUCUCUCCUCAAAUUUAGACUAAAUAUACUUAUAUACGUAUAUGUACCUAAUU